UCUCAUAAGAAUAUUGCAAUAAGUGAGAAUAAAAAACAUGGUUUUUCUCGGAAUGGUCCAAAGUGGACUUAACUCCUAUUGCAACUAAACUCAUUUGUUACAUUUGUUAUCAUGCCCAAAGAGCUAAUAGUGACAUCAAACCAUUGUCAUUUCAAGCAUGAUAUAGCAAUUACUGAACUGACUUAAAAGAUUCCAUGCUAGCCGUCUUAUUCGCGCGCUGGACAUAGUUCAGUGCGAACAGACUUUGCACAAUUUCAAAGAUUAUUAGGGCCUUCCUUUCAUUGGGAUCGUCAUUUGCCCUAAGAAGCCUCUUGGUAAUUGGCGAAACGUCGCAACAUUGAGAUUAUUUCCAGGUUUUUUAAAAUAAUUUCUUCGGAAUUACUUCUAAUGUUAUUUAAUUUCACAGAGACCUGUUCUACUUUUAACGUGACAUCCAUCCUACGACAUGGAUUCAUCAACACCUAGUGAGGAAACAGUUCUCCUUAACACAACACCGGCUAGUAACGGAACAGAUUGGGAAUUCACGGACUACAAGCAAAGGGUCUUCAUUGGUAUUCUAUUUAUCUUGAUCUCAGCUGUCGGUCUGGUUGGCAAUCUCAUGGUCAUUGUCGCCGUCAGUCUCUCCCGCAAGCUGCAGACGGCGACCAAUGCCUUCGUUCUCAACACCAGUUGCGUCGACUUCCUGAACUGUCUCUUCCUGCCGUUCAAUGCGGUGUCCAUGCUGAGCAAGUCUGGAUGGCCACUCGCUCCAGGAGUUUGCACCAUAGCUGGUGGGAUUACCAUGGUAUGUUUAGGAGCUACCCUGGUCAACCUGGCCCUCAUAGCCAUCAAUCGUGCCUAUUUGAUCGUGAACCCGAGAGAUAAUUAUUGCAAACUCUACAGUCCUGUCAAGUUGGGUCUAAUGGUGUUCUUUGCCUGGUUCUACCCCAUCAUGGCGUUUGCCUUACCGCCAUCUCUGGGUAUUGGUAAGCUUGGAUAUUCGGAGGCAUACAAGGUUUGCUUCUGGGACGAUGACCACGAACUUGUCUAUAUCAACGACUACAUCGUCGCUCUCACCUUCUUGAUCUCAUUCAUCAUCAUCAUUGUCUGCUAUGCGAUGAUCUACGUCCACGUUAGGCGUCACAACCGUCGUCUUCAGGUCUUUUAUUCCAACAACCCAACCAAGCCCAGCGACGCUGCUUCUACCCGUGAGCUCAUGAACGGGUCCUCCGUUAAAAUAACCGAAAAAUGCCACAAUUCCACACUGGAAACACAGGCUAAGAAGUCCCGCAACAAACGCGAGAUACAUAUCACCAAAAAUUUAUUCUAUGUGGUGUGCGCCUUCUUCUUUUGCAUCCUUCCCUACCCGAUCUCGCUCACCAUCCCCUUCAAAAGCGUUGCGGACGUUUACGCCGGUGUUCUCCUCAUGGCCAACUCCUGUGUAAACCCUCUCAUCUACAGCUUCAAGCAUCCUCAUUUCAAUAUCAUUUUCAGGAUGAUGUGUCGAGGUAACUGGGAUGAGAUUCCUCAACCAUCCACUCUCCUCAAGUUUGUUCUGAGGUCAUCUGGCAUAGAGCGUCAGCGUUCUUCGUCCAACCUUCGUACGAACGAAACGGGGUCGACGCGUUAAAUGUUUUC